AUGUCUACCUUUACAGCACUUUGUGUGUCCCUUCUGUCGCUGUUCACUGUCGGAUAUUGUUACGUAAAGUUAAGCAGAGUGUCUGGGGCUAUCGUCUCCCAAAGCUCAACAUAUAAGUCAGCAUUGUUGGCUGUUGAUGGAAAUUACGCACAGUAUUAUCCAGAGUGUGCAUUUACCGGUAAAAAUGAAGCAUAUGCUUGGGUUCAGGUGGAUCUCCGAAAAGCUUACAGUCUAAAAUCUGUCAAAUUAUACCUCAGAAAUGAUGCCAUUCUGUGUUUGUCUCCUCCAUACCGACUUCGCCAGUUUUACUUAGACGUAUCAAAUUCAUCGGCAGGCACCUCAAGACAGAGAGUGAGAUGUUACACAGAUAACACUACAGCCCCAGCCACGCCCUCUCCCGUGAUUGACAUCCCUUGUAAACAGACGGCGAGAUACGUCAUUAUACAGACUACAUACAAAGCACCAGAAGAUACAGAUUCUACAGGACCUGUCUUAGAGAUCUGUGAAAUUGAAGUGAUUGGUUGCAAUAUCGGUCACUAUGGACCAUCCUGUUCAUCAUGUGGAGGUUGUGAAAACUGCAACAUUGAAUCUGGUUGCCGGGUCACAUGCAGCCAAAAUUGUAUAGAUAGAGAAUGUGAUGAAUAUGGAAACUGCUCCCGGGGAUGUAAGCAUGGGUACUGGGGAAAUAAGUGCCUGAAUGGUUGUCCAUCUACUUGUUUCAUGACAGUCUGCAAUAUGAGUAGUGGAAUAUGCAAUUCUUGCAAUGCUGGAUAUUACGGGUCACUCUGUCACAUGUCUUGUAGUAGAUCUUGUGCACAACCUAGCUGUAGUCAGAACGGAACUUGUAUUGGUAGAUGUAAACCAAACUGGAUAGGGAAUCGUUGCGAUGAAUGCAGUCAGAAUCGUUACGGACCACAGUGUGAUCAAGAAUGCAGUCCAGUCUGUUUAAAUGGAACCUGUUUUUCAAACAAUGGCUCAUGUAAAGAAGGUUGCAAUAUCAACUUUCAUUAUGGCAAAGUAUCUUUAAAUGUCUCUCUUUAA